CCACCCAAGUCCCCAACAUUCAGACACAGAGGAAGGAGCUCUUUACUGAAACAGCUGAGGUUUUCCGCUGGUGGGGGUGUUUCUGGGGGAUGUUUUUUUUUUUUUUCUUCUGCAGAGGAAAGAGGCUGAUGCUGUUCUUCAUUCUCUGGGAACGUACCGAGCGAGGAUCCAUCUCUCAGCCUUCUGCUGCUGUUUCACAGCCGGGAGUUUAAACCUGGACACACCUGAGCUCCCCCUGUUGGCGGCCGUCGUUGAACCAACCAGCGCUCACAUUGAACCAUGAAGAUCCUCCUCCUCCUGCUUUGCCUUCUGACGCUUGGCCACACUAAACCCUACAAGCCUGUUGACGUCAUGGACCUCAUGAAAAGCAACAACAUCAUGUUGGCAGAUUGGGAUGAUGAUGACGACGACGAUGACAAUGAUGAUGACGACGAUGACGAUUAUGAUGAUGAGGACUGCCCGGCUCACUGCCGCUGUUCAUCGGAGGUGGUGCAGUGCUCCGAUCAGGAUUUAAUUUCUGUCCCUAAGAAGAUUCCUGAAGACACAGUGAUGAUUGACCUGCAGAACAACGACAUCACUGAAAUCAAGGAGGACGACUUUAAAGGCCUCAACAGGCUUUAUGGUCUAUUUCUGAUCAACAACAAGAUCUCCAAGAUUCAUCCUAAAGCCUUUAGAAACAUGGAUCAUCUCAGGCUGCUUUAUCUGUCUUACAACCGGCUGACUGAGAUUCCAGCCAAUCUGCCUCCCAACGUCAUCGAGCUGCGUUUCCAUGAGAACAACAUCAACAGGAUCCAGAAGGAGGCAUUUAAAGGCCUGAGGAAGCUGCAUGUUUUGGAGCUGGGAGCCAACCCCCUGGCCAACAGUGGGAUCCAGCCGGGAGCCUUCGACGGUCUGUCCACUCUCUACAUCGGGAUAGCAGAGGCCAAACUAACAAGUGUCCCUAAAGACUUCCCAUCUUCAAUCACAGAGCUGAGUCUGGACUACAACAAGAUCUCCAAGGUGGAGGUGGAGGACUUCAAGAGAUAUAAAAACCUGCAGAGGUUAGGACUGGCCUUCAACCAGAUCCGGUCUGUGGAAAACGGCAGCCUGGUCAGCAUCCCAAAUGUCCGGGAGAUCCAUCUGGACCAUAACCGUUUAAAAAAGGUCCCACCGGGCCUGGGCUCACUGCGCUACCUACAGGUGAUUUUCCUUCAUGCCAACAAAAUCGGCAAUGUGGGAUUCAACGACUUCUGUCCAAAAUCUUCCUACGAGAAGAAGAACCUGUACAACGCCAUCAGCCUGUACGCUAACCCGGUGAAAUACUGGAGCAUACAGCCGGCCGCCUUCCGCUGCGUGGCCAGCCGACGGGGCAUCCAGUUCGGGAACUUCAGGAGGAAGUAGAGCAACAAGGCGGCGGCUCAGAAACAGACCCGGCGUCCUAUAAAAGGGAAGGUGAUGAAAUCAGCGCCUGGAGGCAGAAAACCAUCAAAUUAGACCAAUUUCUCAUUAUUCUGCAGUAUGUUAGAAACGGAGGGAGAUGCUGCCGACGCCCGUUUAUUCUGUUAUGAAUGUUGACUCUUCAGUCAUGAAUAACAGAAGAAGGUUCUUACUGUAACAAUGGGAAAUAAUAAAUAUAAUAAAAAUCAAUGCUUGGGGGGGGGGUUCUAACCAUAUUUCUCUUUUUAUUAUAAAACCACUUUUUUCUUUGCUUUAAAUAAAGAUGCUUUUUGUUGUUUUCAUUCUAGCUUGGCUGAGAUGGAGCCGAUAGUCCAACUUGUUUUUGUUGCUUUUGUAAAACAUUAGACAUUAUAAUUUCCAGAAAAGACUAAAACUGUUACAAAGUAAUUGUUUAGAAUGCUUACCUCUCCUGAAAAACUCUGGAGUUAAAAGUGGGUAAAGUUUUACAGCAGUUUGUGGCUUAGGAGGCGUCUGAGCGGAUGUAUGUAAUCUCUCUGCAUGCUUGUGUUGUCUGUAUUUAGAGGCUGAGGUCAGGUUGGGUCAGAAGCUGGGGUCCUCUGCAGGGCUGAGGACAAACUGAUCCUACAGAACUCAAAGUUUGGAUCAUCCAGGUCGUUUCAGCGCCGCCAACGUCGGAGCAUCUUCUCUCUAAACAUGUCUCCUCUGAAAUGGUGCUAUAUUUAUUGAGGAUGUCUUUAAUAAACCUCAAACACCUCAAACAUU